AUGGAGGUUAUGGACCACCACCACCACACCAGCAGUACCCGCCCCAACCCUACUACCCGUAGGAUGAAUUUCUUCCUCCCCAAUGCAAUUCACAUGGACUCUCACUUACUCUACUAUAGACCUCAGCCAGGAUAUGGAGCUCCUCCCCCUCAAGGAGGCUACGGAUAUCCCCAGCCUCCGCCUCCACAACAACCUUACGGAUAUUCUCAACCCCCUCCUCAACAAUACGGCGGAUACAAUGGUGUGCCUCCUAACGCGCCACAGUACGGUAGACCAGGAAUGCCCUCGGUCAACUCAAACGCCUAUAUAAAUGGCAAUCAGAAUGCUCCACCACCACCGCCACAGGGAAUGCACUCGUUUGGACAAGGCGCUCCUCAAAAUUAUGCCUUCCAAUAUUCUAAUUGCACGGGGAGACGAAAAGCACUCCUAAUAGGUAUCAAUUAUUUCGGUCAGCGUGGUCAAUUGCGUGGAUGUAUCAACGACGUCAAGAACAUGUCAUCAUAUUUGCAUGAAAACUUCGGAUAUCAGCGCGAUGAUAUGGUUAUUCUCACGGACGAUCAGCAAAACCCAAUGAGUCAGCCCACUAAACAAAAUAUAUUACGAGCCAUGCAUUGGUUAGUGAAGGAUGCUCGACCGAAUGAUUCGUUAUUCUUCCAUUAUUCCGGACAUGGUGGUCAAACGAAGGACUUGGACGGCGACGAAGAAGAUGGUUACGAUGAAGUUAUUUACCCGGUCGAUUUCAGACAGGUCGGACAUAUUGUCGACGACGAGAUGCACAGAAUCAUGGUUCAACCUCUGCAGCCUGGUGUUCGGUUGACCGCAAUCUUCGACUCUUGUCAUUCUGGAACUGCGCUCGACUUGCCAUAUGUUUACUCCACCCAAGGAGUUCUCAAAGAACCAAACCUUGCCAAAGAAGCAGGUCAAGGUCUUCUCGGUGUUAUUUCUUCUUACAGUCAAGGUGAUAUGAGUGGUGUUGCAAGUAAUUUGAUGGGAUUUUUCAAGAAAGCGACAACCGGAGACGAUGCUUACAACAAGACUUUGGCUACUAAAACAUCACCGGCUGAUGUGGUCAUGUGGUCCGGAAGUAAAGAUGACCAAACAUCGGCCGAUGCUACUAUUGCUGCACAAGCGACUGGUGCUAUGUCAUGGGCAUUUAUCACCGCCAUGAAGAAGAACCCACAGCAGAGUUACGUCCAACUGUUGAAUAGUAUUAGAGAUGAGCUCGCUACCAAGUAUACCCAGAAGCCGCAACUUAGUUGCAGUCAUCCGUUGAGUAUGGUUCCCCCUUUGCUUUUAUAG